UAUAAUGUCUAAAUAACACUGCGCACGAUGGCGGCUGUGGUGUUUCUUCCGCUUGUCCUCCUGGUCCUCGCGGCCUUCGCCUCUGUCCACGGCGACCGAGACUUCAUUGCAGCAGUAUAUCAGCACGCUCCGUACGAUGCACGCGAUGACAGACCGCCGAUCGACGUAUGGAAGCGGAAUUUGGACAUAUACGAGGAACAGACAAGGAUUGCUUCGAGAAAGAAAGCUGAUAUCAUUGUCUUCCCCGAAGUCGGCCUCACCGGUAACUUCAAAACGUUGAUGGCAUUCAGCAGGGACAAGCUACAAGCGUUAAGCUCAGAAUGUCCGGACCCGGAAUUAGAGAACUGGACCCCUUGCGACCAACCCAAGUUGUACAAGGCGUACCCUCUCGCUCGUCUCAGCUGCAUGGCACAAGAAAACAGCAUCUACGUGGUGGCGGACCUCAUCACUUCUCAUUCGUGUGUCGGCGAACACGGCUGCCCAGCCGACGAUAGAUACAGCCGCAACACGGCUGUGGUGUUCGACAGAACUGGCAAACUCAUCCUGAGAUACUUCAAAACGCAUCUCUUCUUCGAGAGUAUCAACAACUCCCCGCGAGAACCACAGAUCCCCGUGUUCGAUACCGACUUCGGGAGAUUCGGCCUCUGCAUCUGUUUUGAUUCUGUUUUCAAAUUCCCCAUCGUUGACUUGAUCCAAAAAGCGGGUAUCAAGAAUGUCCUGUUUCUGACAUUUUGGGUUGACGCGCUGCAGCCUGCACUACCCUGGCAGCAAGGGUUUGCAGCUGGAAAUAACGUGAAUUUCUUCGCAUCUAACACUCACGGUCCGGUUACCACCGGUGGUGGUAUUUUCUCCGGUAAGGACGUCCUGGCAUCGUCCCACGGCGAAACUGCCCUCCAGAUAGCUACAGUUCCAGUUGCUGGCCCGAGCAAGGGAGACCAUGGACACAAGUGCAACCAAUGCGGAUGCACGGAAAGCGACCCUGCAGCCAAAUACAAAUUCAGACCUGAACCAGAAGAUACGUUUCUUCGACAGUCACAGAUUUUUGCAAAAGUAAUGAAAUUCACGCCACUCGUCUCAAAUCAUGAUACUCUCACCAUAUGUGAUAAUGACUUAUGUUGUACCCUGUCCUACAAAAUCCGCGCCAAUCCAAAUGAAGAGCUGUACGCCUUUGGUAUAGCAAGUGGCCUGAACGCACUCAACGAGAGUUCCCUCAUCCCGACCAAGAAACCCAACCUCCAGCAUAAAUUGUUCGGGCAGAUCUGUGCCCUUAUGAAGUGUCCGGAGCAAGACAGGAGCAAAUGUGGUACGUUUUCACUAGACGCCACCACUACCUUUGACAACUUUGACAUAUCAGGAAAUUUCUCUUCCCAAUCCAUGUACCCAUCCGUGGUCAAUUCCGGCAUGACUUUCCCCGAGAGUGACGAAUGGCAUCAUUGUUCAACUUGUGGCCGGCUAUGGAGCGAGAACGGCACAAAACGUCCCCUGGUGGCAGCAUACUUUUUAGGAAGGGCGUACGAGAGAGACGAACUAGAUCCGAGACAACAAUAGAUAUCUUGUCAUGAACUUGCACUCAAGGAGAAAGCCGGAAGUGCAUUACAGCGGAGUUCAUACGACAAAUGAAGCAGUUAAAAGUCACAAAAUUCAUCGUAACCUCGAGGACAAAAAUUCAUUUCGUAAAAAAGGUCCAUAACGACCUGAUAGCAUGUGAAGGAUAAUUGGGGCACGCAAACAUGACGGCGGUAUCCUCCUGGUCAUGGUGUUCU